AUGAUAAGGAGCUUGUUUUACCUGAAGCAGGAGGACGCUGCUGUGCAACUGGGCAUCUCCCUCACAAGCUUGAAGACAGCCUGCCGCAAACUCGGCAUAUCGCGAUGGCCUUACUCCAGGACCCGGAGCGCUUCUAUCACCGGCAGGGAUACUUCACGAAGCUCGCCGAGCGAGGCUAUGGACCAAGUGAUGGAGGAGGAGGUAGAGGGAUCGAACGCGAGCAUGAGCUGCAUGGAGGAUGUCUACAGUGAUGCUGGCGUGUGUGACGACUGGAUGAUGGACAUGGAGAUCGUCAACAACCAGCGGGACUUUGUGGAGCUGGCGUUGAGUGUGCUCCCCAGGGAGCAUGAUUGGAUAGAGUGGUACGUCAGGAGCGACGACAGCGAGCCUGUCAUCCGUGAUUGGCCUCUCUGA